UUUCCUGCGGUGAUCAGUCAAACUCUAAAUUUACCUUUGUUUUGAAUGUGAUGUGAUUGUGAAAAUAAGUGAAAUGCGUCAGUGGCAUGUGUUUCUUUCGAUUAUUUUGUCAGCAUGGCCUCAAACGACAAACGCUCAAAAUCCCCUCGACACUACUGGUUCUUCGUCUUCUACUGCAGUCACCAUUCCUACUUCUAUCUCCACGUCCCUUACAACUAAUGCGUCAGCAUCCUAUUCCGCCUCAACAACGCCAUCUACAUCUCCAACUAUUCCCACUUCUCCGAUAAGUGGAUUGACGCCUACUUCAACAUCUCCGACAUCGGCUCUCACUUCCGAUUUGACCACUACUCCAACUGACACUACUGGUUCUAGUUCUUUGUCUUCUACAUCAGCAACCACAUCUGUCCCUGAAUCUUCUAUCUCUACAUCAUCUUCCGCUUCAACUACCCUAUCUACACCUUACACUAGUCCGACAUCUCCGAUAAGUGAAUCGACGACUACCUUCACAUCUCAUACUUCGGUUCUCACUUCCGACUCGACCUCUACUUCAACCGACACCACUGCCAAUGGCACUUCGUCUUCUACUUCAGCUACCACAUCUGUUUCUGGUACAACGUCUCCCGCUUCAUCAACCCCAUCUACACCUUCAGAAACUCCUACAACACCUACUACAACUACCCCAACAACUACAACUCCAAAAACUACAACUACUCCAACAAUUACAACUACGCCAUCAACUACUCCUACAACGACACCUGCCCCAACCCCUAUUUUGGCCAUGAACGAUGACACCAGAAGCGUUGAAUGGAAUCCAAAGUCCAGUGAGUCUGUUAUUAUAGAAGCAGAAGAAGGAUAUAAGAUUGCCGUUACCAUUCUUGACUGUAAUAUAGAUGGAACCAAGGGUGAACUAGCCACUAUAGAGUCAGGUAUACAAGGGGAAGGUCUCCUGUUUACCUACAAGGUCAAGAGUAAGCCUUCAUAUUUAUUCAACAAUAAUGUAUUAUACGCUGAUUACGGCGGGAAAGGAACCAGCAUAUUUCAUGCGAAUUUUUCGCGAGUUGGUGAGUACCUACACAUUUAG